AUGAUACAGGCAUAUUUGUAUGCUCGAUACGGCUGCAAAACUCCUGGAGAAGCUGCUAAGGCCAAGGCUGAACGCUGCAGUGAAGGCAGCGGGGGAUCUGGCCGCCCGCCAGUAUUUCGAUCCGGCCUCUCCACCAUCCACGCAGUCCAGGAGGUGGUCACAGCCGCUAAAAUGAUGGAGCGAGGCAAUCAUCGAACUCGAUCUUUGUGCCUGCUGGCCACCUUAGACGUGAGAAAUGCCUUCAACUCCGUCAGGUGGGACCUUGCAAGGGAAGCGCUCGAACGUAAUUUCGGCGUUCCGAAGUACCCACUCCGAAUUAUUGACGAUUAUCUAAACGAGCGCUGCCUAGUAUACAACACGAGUGAUGGACCAAGAAGUUUGGAAUCGACAUCGGGGGCAGCCCAUGGCUCCAUACUGGUACCGGAUAUAUGCAAUAUAUUCUACGACGGUAUCUUUCGUAUGGCAGUCCCAGAAGGUACUUUCUUGGUUGGUUACGCAGAUGACAUUGCAAUUGUCAUAACCGCAAGAGACACGGAGGGGGCACAGUUGCUGCUCAAACAGGUCAUGCGGAGAGUUCCCUCUUGGAUGGAAGACCACGGGCUAUUUCUAGCAGCCCAAAAGACAGAACGCGUGCUAAUUACGUGGACGCGCAUCAACACCUUGCGCAGCUUCAUUGUAGGAAACGCGGCGGUCCAGACUAAUUCGGCUGUCAAAUAUUUCGGUGUCAUGCUUAACAACAAGCUUAACUACGGAGAGCAUAUUAACAGGGCAGCCGACAAGGCGGCGAAAGUAGUAGCCUCACUGGGCAUGCUCAUGGCCAAUGUCAAUGGCCCCCGGCCGUGCAUGAGGAGACUACUGAUGCGUGCCGCCGAAGUAGUGAUGCUGUACGGUGCGGAAGUAUGGGCCGAGACGCUGCGAAAACAGAAAUACCGCAAGCGCAUAGCCGCGGUUCAGAGGAGGGGUGACCACCAAAUCGCGUGCUCUUACCGAAAGGUCUCAGAGCCGGCAGUGCUAGUUGUCGCCGGAGUAAUCCCGAUCGAUCUUUUAGCUCAGGAGAGGAAAUUCGUCUACCAGCAAAGGUGUAUCCUGGGAAAGGAGAGGGCAUCAAGGCUUGCCAGGUCUAUUAUCAUCAAGGCAUGCCAAAGUAGAUGGGAGCAGGAACGUAGGGGCAGAUGGACUGCUCGAUUCAUCAGUCAGCUAGACACCUGGAUAAAUCGGGAGGCGGGAGUUGUUGAUUUCUACCUCACCGAAUUCCUGACAUGGCCUGUUCCGAUCCUACCCGGCUAG